CAGAAGGCAUUUCUCUAUAGUCAUUUCUUGGAAGGUCAUGCUAAAACUGCCCCAAUAUCUAGGCUGCCUCUCAUUACUAUUGUGGAUCCUAAAAAUCAACCGAAGGGCAUUCCUGUUUGCCAGCCAUUUCGUUUGGAGCUCAAUUUCUUCAAUAAGGAGAACCGAGUUCUUCAUUACCCUGUCAGGGCUUUUUAUGUAGAUGGUGUGAACCUCAUGGCUUAUAAUCUUUCUUCUGGUGGAGAUAGUAUUUACAAGAAACUUUUCACAUCGAUCCCAGGAAAUGUAGAAUAUUACCCUAAACGUAUAGUUUACAGUAAGAAACGGCAUCUAUUUCUCACUGUUUAUGAGUUUAGUGGCACUACAAAUGAAGUAGUCCUCUAUUGGGAAAAUACUGAUAUAAAGUUGGCUAACAGCAAAGGAAACACGGUCAAAGGUUGCGAUGAAGCAUUUGUUGGCCCCAACGAAAAUCAGUUUGCUAUUCUUGAUGAAGAUAAGUCUGGACUGGCUCUGUAUGUUCUUCCGGGAGCGGCUUUACAAGAAGCUGGUGAUAAAAAUGGUGCAGUUGAACCAAAUCUUUUACCUGAUCAACCUGUGGAAGCAAACACUAAUUCUAUCCAGGGUCCUAUGCCAUUUUUGAUUGAAACUGAAUUUGACUGAAUAUUUUCCACUCCUAUAGAGUCCACUUUGAUGUUUGCUUGUAAUGGGAAGCAAAUUGGCUUGGCAAAGUUAGUUCAAAGUUAUGUUCAUCCAUCUUCUGAUGGCCACUAUAUAUCAACAAAAACAGAGGGGAAAAAGUUUAUAAGGUUAAAAACAAAUGAGAUUGUGCUUCAGGUGCAUUGGCAGGAAACUCCUAGAGGCUAUGUUGCUGGAGUAUUAACUACUCACAGGGUGCUUAUGGUUUCAGCAGAUCUUGAUGUACUUGCUAGCAGUUCCUUGAAAUUUGACAAAGGAAAUCCUUCAAUAUCCUACAUACGUAGUGCAGCAUAAAUCUUUGCACAAAAUAAACUCGUGCAUACAUGAUUUCACAUACUUGUGUAAAAAGUAACUAUGUCCACGGAUGCUUGUAAAAGUAUAUGCAUGUUCUAGUCCUUUUGUUGUUCUGCCUGAUAGCAACUGACGAUCUCUUUUUUCUCGUGGUACUA